ACAAAUAUGUAAGUUCUUUCUUACGAAAUAUUCACGUUAUUACCAUAAUAAAGGAGCAAUAUGAACACUGCAAUAAAUGGGUGGCAUGACGUUUCUUCUGCUCACUUGGCAUAGUAAUUGAGUUGCAGCCGGUAGUGUGCUUAUCACGUUAAAUUGUAAAGCAACGUUUGUAAACACGAUAUAAUCAGAAAUUAGUGUACGAUGGCUGAACAAGGAUUUUUGAAGCCUAAAGCUGGUUUUGCCACGCUAGCAAUCCAUGCUGGCCAGGAACCGGAAAAAUGGAAGUCUGCAGCUGUCGUAACACCAAUCGUCACAUCAACCACGUUUAAACAACCAGCGCCGGGUGAACAUACUGGCUUCGAAUACGGUCGAUCAGGAAAUCCAACGAGAAACACAUUGGAAGAGUGCCUGGCUGCGCUAGAUGGGGCGAAAUAUGCCUUAGCAUAUGCAUCCGGAUUAGGUGCUACCACUACCGUAACUGCUCUGCUCAAUUCAGGGGAUCAUAUUGUAGCUUCAGAUGAUGUUUAUGGCGGUACUAACAGAUUAUUAAGACAAGUUGUAUCAAGAUUGGGUAUAGACACUACCUUUACCGACGUCACAGACCUUCAAAAAGUGAAUGACGCUAUUAAGGAAAAUACAAAGAUGCUCUGGAUAGAGACUCCAACAAAUCCGCUUAUGAAAGUAGUUGAUAUUGAAGCGGUUGUGAAUAUCGCUAAGAAGAAACGCGAUGAUAUAAUUGUUGUCGUGGAUAACACAUUCCUAACGUCCUAUUUACAAAGACCGCUGGACUAUGGCGUUGAUAUUGUCGUGUACUCAUUGACGAAGUACAUGAAUGGCCAUUCAGAUGUUAUCAUGGCAGCGAUCGUCAACGACAAAGACCUUGAGCAAAGAUUGAGAUUCCUACAAAAUGCUAUGGGGGUUGUCCCUUCGCCAAUGGAUUGCUAUUUGGUUAACAGAAGUUUAAAAACAUUGGCAAUAAGAAUGGAGCAGCACAAAAAAUCCUCCUUGAUUAUAGCUAAUUGGUUACUAAACCAUCCUAAAGUAACUGAAGUACUGCACCCAGGACUGCCGUCUCAUCCACAGUACGAAAUAUCAAAAAAGCAAACUUGUGGGCAUUCAGGUGUUUUCAGUUUUAGACAUGUAGGAGGCUUGAAGGAGUCAAGGAAAUUAUUGUCAUCUUUACAAAUUUUCACGUUGGCCGAAAGUUUGGGUGGAUUUGAAAGUUUGGCAGAAUUACCGUAAGUUUUAAUAUUAAUG